CCUGCACACUGUGUGUGUGUGUGUGUGUGUGUGUGUUCCAUGCUGGUCCUGACAGCUCAGUGUGUUCUGAGUGACCUGCUGUAACCCAUAUUUCUAGAAUGAUCACCACCGAGAGCUUUCUUUAGGCUUCGACGUUUGACCUAUGGUCAGUUCUGUAACGCUGCACGGGACAGUAUGGGAUGGAGCUGGAGCUCCACCGUGGAUCGGUUUCAGAAAGCUGUGCUGAGUCCAGCACCUUAGCGCGUGUGUGUAUAUAUAAGCGUGUGUGUGUUUGUACGAUCAGCUGUAAUUGACCCGUCUUAGGUUCAGAGUCCUCUCCGCACUUAUCUUUGUAGCCUGGAAUGGCUGCCACUCCGUCGCCGCUGAAAGUCGGCCAUCUUGUUUCCAUCAGUUCAUCCGCUGUCUGGAAGAAUCCAAUAUUUAGACCAACAACGUGCACUUGUUUAUAAAUGUGUGUGUGUGUGCGCGAGUAUGGACGAGACAUAUACAUACACCUACAUCCCCCUGAAGACCAAUCAUCUGCUCACACACACACACACACACACACUCCCCUCUCAGCCCUUUACCCUUGUACAGUGUGUUACAUGGAAGUAAACACUGUGUGUGUGUGUGUGUUUGUGUGUGUGUGUGUGUGUGUGUGUGUGUGUGUGUGCUUGCACUGUUUUCCUCCAACACGAGCUAAAUAAAGGAGUUUAUGACCCAGAUGACUGGUUAGAAGAGGAAACUGCCAAAAUAAACUCUCCCACAUGUGACCUAGAGACCAAGCACUUAGGAAAAAGGGGGCGUGUCCUAACCUGCUGCUUUGAAGUGAAUGUUCUUCCUGAACUUGUGAUCUUGUGAUUAACAGUUCGGCGUGUAUAUGGAAUGCCCUGCUCAGGAUGCAGCCCUCGAGCGACCCAUCAGGAGCCCUGCAGGGGCGUGAUUGGCCACUGGCCGGGUCUGGGCGGAGCUUGAGGGUAGACAUCAUCAUCGGUUUGUUUUGUUCAACACUUCAUUGACACUCCGCCCCUUUGGCCUUUGUUCUCCUCCUGAGUAGGAAUGCUGUUGUUGCGUCACACGAGCAGCGUCGGAGACGGCCGGACUCACGGGCUAGUCUCAGGGCCAGAGGGCAGAGGUCAACACGGGUGGACGCGGAACGAGCAGGCACACGUGCGUCGUGCUUCAAGGCAUUAUGGGAAACAUAGUAUGCCGAUGCUAAAGCGGACCUCCGGGAUCUAAAGAUCUAAGUGCUGCUUUUUUUUUCUUCUUUUUUUUCCGCUCUGUUGAACUCUGCAGAACUUUUUAGGACUUUUUCAGUAUAAGUAUAUACGUAAAAUACCGUGCAAGGAAGAAAGCAACAUCGCCAUGCGUCAUAUCCACGUGGAGCUGGUCCGGAAGGAGGCUCAGGCCGGAGAUCUGCCGCCGCCCAGCGACCCGCAGGUGACCUUCGACCCCCAGCCAAGACCGUUGAACCAGGAAGAGCUGCGGCUGCAGAAGGUUUAUCAACUAUCCAUCUUUUCCCAGAGAGGAGGGUUUAAAGGGGGUACGAAGCGCGCAUUAGACAAAGCCUCGGACCCAGUUGUCGCCCCCAAACGCCUCCUUCAGGACGAGGAAGAUGAAGAAGACGACGACGACGAAAUGGAAGGCGAGGUGCUGUGUGGAAGAGGCUCCUCCCCCUUGCUACCGCCUCUCCCCGCAAAAGACGCUUUUGCCCCGCUGUCACCCAAAUCGCCCCCUAUGGUGGACCCUCACCUGCCCCCUACUGCCCCGCUGGAGCCCCCGCAGUCUUCACGUCUGCCCUUAACCCCCGUAGAGGCUGUGGAGUGGGGGGUGGAGCUCGAAAAGACUCCACCCCCGUCAGAAAGACAGCCCCACCCACCGUCGCCGCCUUCCUGCUCCAACGGGUCGAGUUCUUCAGACAGGAGUGGUGAAGUGAAGAGGAAGAAGCUGCUGUCGUUCAGUGACGUUGGAGACUCGUGCUCUGAGGACGAAGGACCUUCCACGUCCAAGCGCUGCCGUCUGGCGCUGACCCCCGGGAUCGGACUGGCACCGGGACGCAGCACCGACUCCAAGGCUGCCCCCUACUGGACACACCUCCUACCCACAACCAGAGAACAGGGCAAAAGCUCGGCUGAGUGUUCCCGAUCAUCACAGAGGCUAAAGGCCAGCGCUCGCCUCAAAUCUCGUCAGCUGCGCAGUGGCAGGCGCACCGACACCGGCCGCUCGUCCGGUUCAUCGUUAGCUGUUAGCAGGUCACUUCUGGGAAAUUUUGAGGAGUCCAUCCUGAAGGGUCGGUUCUCUCCAUCAGGACGGAUCGAGGGUUUCACAGCUGAGAUUGGGGCGAGCGGAUCGUACUGCCCCAAACAUGCCACUCUACCUGUACAGGUGACCUACUACGACACGUCCGAGCACAGCGCGCCCUCGCCCUUCCUGGGUGUGAUCUCACUGGAGCCCCUGGGAAAGAAAGGAUACAGUGUACCUAAAGCAGGGACCAUUCAAGUGACCUUAUUCAACCCCAAUAAGACUGUGGUGAAGAUGUUCCUGGUGACCUACAACUUUGGGGACAUGCCUGUCAAUCACAUGACCUUCCUGCGCCAUCGAAUUUUCCUGGUGCCUGUGGAGGAAGAGGUGGAGUCAGGGGCGAGGACGGAAAGCUCCACCUCCGACAGGAAGAAGAUUCUAUGCUAUCUGAUACACCUUAGAUUCCACAGCUCCAAAUCUGGAAAGAUCUACUUGCACAACGAUAUCCGGCUGCUAUUCUCCCGCAAAUCCAUUGAGGUGGACACGGGGAUCCCUUACGAACUCAAGUCCUUCACCGAGGUGCCAAGAAACCCCAAAUACUCCCCGCGAGUGUGACCCUGACAAGCUGCACGAUGGACUUGUAGGAAAAAAAAAUUAAAAAUUAAAAUCUUUCUGACUCGAGAACAGCGGAACCACACACACACUUGAUCUUGAACAUGCUCGCACACACACUCGCACACACUCGCACACAGGAUACACCAGAACGACGUAGCUUUGUGACUGAAGAGAGUUUUCCCCUAGACAGGAAAUGUGUUUUGCUCUUCCUAAGCCCCGCCCACUUGAGACUGUCGACCAGUCGCAGCCAGGCACGCUCACCUGGUCGGCCAAUCGGACCGGGUGUCUGCUUGUAGGAGUGGAGGAAGGAGGACUGUAGGGAGUCUGUAAGUGGAUUCGGGACGUGGCCUACAGACUCGUUUCUGAUUUCUUGUCAUCUGUAACGCCACUCGAUUACCAGAGCAGCUUCAGAGAAGGAACUCGAGCAACAAACAAGGAGCUCGUAUGGAGGGGAACCGGACUCGGGAUCUAAUAUCGGAAUGUAGACGGAGAGGAGGACAUUUUAACUAACUGUGUUAGCAUUAACAAAAUGUAUCGGGAGCGCAGGACGCUACAAAACCGGACUCGAGCAGGAAUUGCCACCUGCAGGCCGGCUUUAGUACUGCAACAACAUUAAUAACAAAGGCCUUUAAAUAAUAACAGUGGCACUAUAUAAAUACGCCAAAUGUCAUGUAGCAAGCUGAGUUUGGGAUUCAGCUACAACAACACGGCUUUACUGUUACACAACUUGUUCACUAAAGCCCCAGUGUACACUCACAGUCCUCUACAGGCCGGUGUUAGUACUGUGACCACAAUACGUAUUUUGUCUUUGAUUAUGGUUUAAGCUAGCAAGCUGGAUAAAGCAGUUUGUUUUGAGGUGACUAUUUAAAAAAAAAAAAAAGUCAGUAAACUCUGAGAAUGUUAAUUUGGACUUUUCCUGAUUAGGGAACUUUGUAUUUUGCCUUUAUAGAUUCAGAAAUCGCUGCCACCUUCAGGCUAGCUUUAAUACUGCACCACAAACAAAGGGCUUCGAAUAGCGACUUCGGUACUACGUAAAAACACGAAAUAAUAAUUUGUUUAGAGUUAGCGAACUCUGUGAUCUGUUUUGAUUUUUGUUGAUUGUUGCUUAUUGAGCAGAAUUUGAUGUUUAGAUCCAGUGGCUAAAUUUGACUUUCUUGAAAUGAUGGAAAUGAACGUGGAACUCUAAUCAGAACAGCUUUGGUACCGCGACCACAGCGGAGAAAUCGUAGCUCAAAACGUUUAACUCGCAGAGCGUUUGCAGACUCCGAGGGCAUCCGUUUUACAAUUUAUUUUUGCACAUAUUCUGAUCAUGAAUCUCCCUUUACAGUCAAACACUUCCAGCGACGCUACGUUACGACGCAACAACGCACGUUAGCUGAAAGUUAGCAGACUUUCUCAGCGCUCGGACUUUUCCCUACCAGACAGAGCCUUAACUCAAAUUCCAUCCCAUCCUUCCGUUUAAACAAUGCGCUCAUGGUCACUAACUCAAAAGUCCGAGUCCAGGCUGUUGUAGCGUCGGUGCCCCCUGCAGGACCCGAGCGGUAGUGUUUCAUUUAACUUCCUAACCACGAAAAAAAAAUUAUGAGUGAGUGUAAUAUGCUGCACACUUAGAGGGCUGUGUGUUAUUUUUUUUCUUCGGGAGGGAUAAAGUGUGGACUGGGAGGGAGGGAGGGAGGGUGUGG